UUGUAAGAGCGUCGGUUUCUAUACCAGUUACCCCGUUGUUCCGUUUCCGUGUUUUUCUUGUCGCUUUGGAGCGUUUCGCAUCUAAAUGGUCCAUUCCAUGUAAGCGUUUUGUCUUUCGUGGUUUGUGCUGCUUCGGGCCGUACAAAAGAGCAUCAUUUUCCGAUACACUUCCCCGACCGGAAGUCGCCGAUUGGCUGUGGGUGCACCACCACAAAGACCUACGUCGUUGUUGUUCUAGACGGCAUCCAUCCAGAUUGUCGGGACCCAGAGUGCAGUUGUCCGCAAUGGACGCAGAGAGCCGCAACGGACCCGAGCAAGAUUUGGCCCCGUUAAAUAGCGCACCCGCCAGGGUGUUGUGCAAAUUUCACCUGCGUGGCCGCUGCAGACACGGUACGGCUUGCCAGUUCUUACAUUCGGCCCGGCAUGACCCGGAAAGCAUCCUGCCCGAACAUUCGACCCAAAAGGCGAAGGUUGAUAUUGGUCCCAGUACCGGUAAUGCCGGCGCCGCAACAACGGGCAACGGGAAGAAAAAUGGCGAAGUGAACGGCGUGAAAGUACCAGCUACCAGACUCGAUCCGUCCAAGUGGAUCGAUGCACCCGUAUUUGUGCCCAAAUCGCGUCUAUCGGCUGAAAUCUGCCAGUCGGACGGCAAAGACCAGAAGGAAAGAAGCAAUGACGAAGAUGACGAGGAAGACUACACGGACGAGAAGGACGACAGUGGCGGCGCGUGCAGUCUGUCAUACGCCAGCAUCGUUAAAGCUCACAAUAACCACAACGGCAUAGCAGUUCCCCUCUGUCGACCUCCGUCGCCUCCGCUUUGCGUCGACUAUCUAGCCACCGGCAGGUGCUCGGUCGGGAACUGCAACCUCUUGCACGGCCUACGGUGCGAGCUUUGUGACAAAUUCUGCCUGCAUCCGGACGACGCCGAGCAACGCCAACAGCACACAGCCGACUGCAUCAAGCAACACGAGCAGGACAUGGAACACUCGUUCGCCGUGCAGCGCUCGCGCGACAAAGCAUGCGGCAUCUGUCUGGAGACGGUCCUGGAGAAGAGACCGCGCGAACAGCGCUUCGGUAUUCUGCCCAACUGCAAGCAUAUCUUUUGCUUGAGCUGCAUUCGCACGUGGCGCAAGGCAGAUAAUUUUGCAAACAAAAUCAAAAGAGGAUGCCCAACGUGUCGGAUUGCGUCGGACUUUGUGUGCCCAAGCUACGUUUGGAUUGAAACCGACGACGAGAAAAAAAAGCUCAUCGACGAUUACAAACGGGCCUGUAGUGGGACCGAUUGUAUGCAUUUCAAAAAAGGCGCAGCCAAAUGUCCGUUCGGGAACAAAUGCUUCUACCGGCAUGCGCUGGCGAACGGUGAGCUGAUCGAUGUCGGUGCUCCGCCGAGGCGUCGUGUGCAAAAUCGCCCCCGAAACGCGGGUGGAUGGAUAAUGGAGGAGCUGUUCGAGUUCUUGGGUCCGGGACAUACCAUCGUGGACGAGUUCGCGAUCACCUAUCUUACGGACGAUGAUGACUCCGAUUUUGAAGAUCUCGACAUGUACGACAUGGACUACGAUUUCGGAGUUUUCCGGGGUUCGCGAGCGUACGACUCGGAUGAGGACUUAUUAUUCAGCCACUUUGAAUUCUAAGUUGUUUCACACACGCACACACGCACGCACACGGGCGCACAUGGACGACAUGAAAGCGUUCAAUAAGUAUGAGUAAGUGCGGGUGGCAGUCAGCUCAACGUUAAAGCGAAACAAGAUAGGGCCCUAAUAGCCAAACUGUUGCCAUUCAGGUCAACCUCCCCAAAAACAUCACACGCCCCCAUUACUCUUCCUUUAUUGCUGUGCUAUAGUUCUCACAGCAUAAUCAGUCAGUACUGUAGGAUUCUUGAACCGAUCAACCUCAAUACUUUUUCAAGAAGGUGACGAUUCUUACUAAAAGGAUCAAUACCUAAGAUAGACAAACAGCGUUUACCCCUGCGUAAACCCUGUAGCGGAUACACGUCAUUCAAUCGAGAGAACCGCAUGCACAUUCGCUGUUGCAUACUACAUUCGCAGGUCUUUCUAGAAAGAAGUCACUCUUUAUCGUCUGUUUCCUUCGUUAGUCACGUUUCAUUUAUUGUAGUUUAUGUCUAUCGCUAUUUAUUAGUUUGUUUGCUUACCACAAAAUCUAUCAAUUCGUAAAUUUGUAAUGUUCCGGCCACAUUGCUGAACACAUUAAUAUUAUUUAACUUAUUACUUUUAGAUCGUACAGAAGGUUUCCCUAAAUUUGUUUACUUUUCAUACACUCGUGCUCGGCUGUCUAUAUCAGACGUUCGGUACAUGAAGUAGACAAACGUCAUCUGCGUUUACUUACUGCCUUGCCAGCCAGUACGGCUCCUUUCCGGGAAAAUCUAUAUUAUCCGAUGCAACGUACAAUAACCUGCAAUGAUGCGGGCUGUCCCUGCAAAAACACAAAUCGCUCAUGCACCUCCGGAGUGCACCGAUCUGUUAGGCAGCAGGUGUAAGACAUGCAGGACAGCAAGUCGGAUGAAAUCGAGCUUCGCUUAACCAGCUAGAAGGAAUUGUUCGCGUCCGAUAACAGUUACGUUUUCGUUCGAUGGCUAAGGAAAGUGGCUCGAAAGUGGCAAUGUUUCAGGCAGGAUAGUCGGUUGUAUUGCGAUUGAAGAGGAAUAGGAAAGGAUGCACGUUACGAGCACACGGCCUAAAUGCCGGAUAUCUAAUUCAAAAGAGCUGCGAAGAAACUAUAUCAACAAACAAACGAAAAUAAAUAUCUUAAACGGAAA